CUUCUUGGCCUUCCUGUGACACUGGGUGCUGUAGAUGUCAUGGAGGGCAGGCACUGUAAAACCGGUGAUGUGUUGGGCUGAACGCACCACCCCCUGGAGAGCCCUUUAGUUGGAAGCAGUGCAAUUGCCAUACCGCGGAGGUCAGUGGAACGCUGAACGCCAUCCUCAAGUCAGAGACAGACACAUCGACUUUAACACAAAGGCUCUUACACACAGGAUCUGACCACAAGUCAGACCCAGAGAGACUGGGGCUGGGGCGACUGGGCUGUCCUCCUGCUCAGAGUAUUUACUUUAUGGUAACCCGAGCAUGAGGGCUGUUCAUUCCCAUCUGGACUCAGAUGACACGUUAGGAGGGGGGAGCCACACCAGGCAGUAUUAAAAAGAAACGGUUCCUCUGCAUGUUCUGUAACAAAGGCUUCAGCUGCCCCCAGAAGGUGGAGAUCAACCAGAAGGUUCACACAGGGGAGAAAUCAUUCAACUGUACCCAUUGUCAGAUGCGCUCCACCCAUGCUGGCAACCUGAAGAUGCACCUGAAGGUACACGCAGGAGAGAGGCCGUUCACCUGUACGCACUGUGAGAAGAGGUUCUCGGGAGAGGAUGGGAAGCCUGAUCUGCUGCUGGUCAAAGAGGAGACAAUAGAAGACGGACCAGAGAGCAUUGACCUGCUGAGUGGACUAAAGAUGGGGGAGCAAGGUGGUUGGUUGGAGGGUAACAGAGGAGAUCACUCAGCCAUUUUUGAUUCCCAGACUGGUGCAGCCACGGGUCCAGGGGACGACAUCGAGCAGGCCAGGACCAGAGGGGACAUAGUGGAGGUCAGUGGAUGGGACACCGUUGUCAACUCAGGGCUGGGGAACAACACUGUUAACCACAACCAGAAACAGACAGUCGAGCACAAAACAACAUCCAAAAUAAGUCUCCAUGAAAACAGACUGGCUGAGACCAGGGUGAGGCUUAGAUUUGGUGGUCUGCGGGGACGGGGAGGUGUCCGUAUGCAGCAGGAGAGAACAGACAUAGACUUGGCUAGCAAUGCUCCGUCCUGCUCCUAUAGUUGUGAUUCAGAGAGACUGAUGGUGCCUCAGGUUAACCCCCUAACAGGUGCUGCCUUCAGCCUGCCUUCUAUAGGAUCUAUCAACUGGAACAUGGACCCUGCGACAACACAGACACUCCCUGGCCUUCGUCCUCCUCACACUCUCCUUAUGUUAAACCAUAGCUCAGACAAUGCCAGUGCCUCAACACUAAAUGGCUACACAAGCCCAUUGACAAAUGACAGUAGUAGCAACGCUAUCAGUAGAUCCGAUGGCAAAGAGAAGCGCUUCCCGUGUUCGUUCUGUGGGAAAGCCUUCAGUUUCCCCAAACAGGUGGAGAUUCACCAGAGGAUGCACACAGGGGAGAAACCGUACAGCUGCCACCUGUGCCAGGCCAGUUUUUCACACUCAUCCAACCUAAAGAGGCACCAGAGGGUCCACACAGGGGAGAAACCGUUUAGCUGUACCCAGUGUCACAUGCGCUUCGCUCAGUCUGGCAACCUGAAGAUGCACCUGAAGGUCCACAUGGGAGAUAAGUAAUUCGCCUGUACGGACUGAGGUUCUUAGAGAGGAGCUACCUCAGGAUACACCAGCAGAAAAAACAUUCCACUCUAUAACAUAUAAAGUAACAAUUCCAUUUGAUAGCUUCUGACUGACAUCACACCCUGCAUUAAAGACAAAGAUUAAUUUUCAUUGUCAGCAGAAAAGAUGCACUUGGAAUAACGAGAGUAACGUAUUUCAUUGUUGAAUAUUCCUGGGUAGAAUGUUGCAUCUAGACAUUCUGUGAUUUUGACUUGAGCGUACAACACAUUUAGGAAUACCUGCUCUUUGCACUUCAUAAACUGACCAGCUGAAAACUACAAUCCCUUAUUUAUGUCAUUUGUUAAAUCCACUUCAAUUAGUGUAGAUGAAGGGAAGGAGACAGGUUUUUAAGAAUGAUUUUUAAGCCUUGUUACAAUUGAGACAUGGAUUGUGUGCCAUUCAUUUAGCAUUUUUACAUUUGAGUAAUUUAGCAGAUGCUCUUAUCCAGAGCAGCUUACAGGCACAAUUAGGGUUAAGUGCCUUGCUCAAGGGCACAUUGACAGUUUUCACGUAGUCGGCUCGGGGAUUCGAACAAGCAACCUUUCGGUUACCGGCCCAUUGCUCUUAACCGAUAGUAGGUACUAAGCGCACCAGUUUGAGUGUGUCAAAAACUGCAACUCUGUUGGGUUUUUCACGCUCAACAGUUUCCUGUGUGUAUCAAGAAUGAUCCAUCACCCAAAGGACAUCCAGCCAACUUGACACAACUGUGUGAAGCAUUGGAGUCAACAUGGGCCAGCCUCCCUGUAGAACGCUUUCAACACCUUGCCCCGAUGAAUUGAGGCUGUUCUGAGGGCAAAAGGGGUGCAACUCAAUAUUAGGAAGAUGUUCCUAAUAUUCUGACCACUCAGUGCAAGUAAGCAUAUAUGAUGCCUUGGAAAAGUAUUCAUACCCCUUGGAAUUCUUCACAUUUUAUUCUUACAAAGUAGGAUUAAAAUUGAUUUAAUUGUAAUUCUAUACAUUAUACACUGUCAAAGUGGAAGUUUAUUUUUUUAUGAAUAGAAAUUAAAUAUCUAAAAGAUAUUCGUUGCAUAAGAAUUCAGCUCCUUGAGUCAAUACAUGUUAGAAACACCUUCUUGGGUAAGUCUCUAAGAGCUUUACACACCUCGAUGGUGCAAUAUUAGCCCAUUAUUCUUUUCAUAAUUCUUCAUGCUCUGUCAAGAUGUUGGGGAUCAUGGCUAGACAGGCAAUUUUAAGUCUUGCCAUAGUUUUUCAAGCAGAUUGUCACGUCUGAUCCUGCUCCUUCUAUUCCGGUGUGCGAUGUUGCCAGAGUACUCACCAGCGGUCCUGGGAUUCAUCAUUAUGCACACCUGGCACUCGUCAUUAAGCGCACCUGUGAGUCAUUAUGAUUCACACCUGGACUCCAUUACCGUCAUCAUUUCCUCCCCUUUAUAUGUCACAUUCCCAGGUUCACUCACCAGUUGAUAUUGUUCUUGUGUAUCGGCGGUCUGCUGUAUGUUAUUGGCGUGUUCUUGGUUUUGUUUUAUUAAAAUGCUUCUGACUCACUGGCCCAUCAUUACACAGAUAUAAGUCAAAACUGUAACUUGGUCACUCAGGAACAUUCAUUGUCUUCUUGGUAAGCAACUACAGUGUAAUUUUGGCAUUGUGUCAUAUGAUGCAGCCACCACCAUGCUUGAAAAUAAGGAGGUAGUUACUCAGUGACGUGUUCUAUUGGAUUUUCCCCAAACAUAAGGCUUUGCAUUUAGGCUCAAAAGCAUAUUCCUUUGCUGUGUUUUUGUUGUAUUAGUCUAGUGCCUUAUUGCAUACAAUAUGCAUGUUUUGGAAUAUUUGUAUUUCCACUCAUUGAGUAAAAAGUCAUUAUUGUGGAGUCACUAAAAUGUUGUUGAGCCAUUCUGUUUUCUCCCAUCACAGCCAUUGAACUGUAACUGUUUUAAAAUCACUAAUGGCCUCAUGGUAACAUUCCUGAGCAGUUUCAUUCCUGUCCUGAGGCUCAGUAUCUUUGUGUUUUUAAAGUGAGAAGAUGAUGAUAGUGCCUUAAUUCAUGUUUACUUGACAUGUAGUAGUGAAGAUGUGUAAUGUUGAACCUUUUCCAAAGUAUUCUAAAAUUCAUUUUAUCAAAGCGACGGUACCAGAUUUACAGAAAAGGUGUUACCAUAGUGAGAAGUUAUUGUACUUGUCACAUCAUUUUGUGCAAUAAAAGUACUGUAUUUCACGUUGUGAGUGUAUGACCACUUUAAAUUAAAUACAGAAUUGACUCUG